GGGUGGGGGCCGGAAGUGCUGGUGUUUAGCGGCCCGCGGCGUCGGGGGGCGGUAGUAGCGGCUGAGGCUUCACCGGAGUGUCAGGUUCUCGCGUUCGCGCCGGGAUUUAACCGCCACCAUGUCGAGCAAAAGGGCAAAGACCAAGACCACCAAGAAGCGCCCCCAGCGCGCAACAUCUAAUGUGUUUGCCAUGUUUGACCAGUCACAGAUUCAAGAAUUCAAAGAGGCCUUCAACAUGAUUGAUCAGAACAGAGAUGGUUUCAUCGACAAGGAAGAUUUGCAUGACAUGCUUGCCUCCCUAGGGAAAAAUCCAACUGAUGAGUAUCUGGAUGCCAUGAUGAAUGAGGCUCCAGGUCCCAUAAAUUUUACCAUGUUUCUCACAAUGUUUGGUGAGAAGUUAAAUGGCACAGAUCCAGAAGAUGUCAUCAGAAAUGCCUUUGCUUGCUUUGAUGAAGAAGCAACUGGCACCAUUCAGGAAGAUUACCUGCGAGAGCUGCUGACAACCAUGGGAGAUCGGUUUACAGACGAGGAAGUGGAUGAGCUGUACAGAGAGGCACCGAUUGACAAAAAGGGAAAUUUCAAUUACAUCGAGUUCACCCGUAUCCUUAAACAUGGAGCAAAAGACAAAGAUGACUGAGAAGAACUUCAGAUUGCAGCCCCACUUUGGGUAUUUUCUGAGACUUUCUUAUAAAGCCUUUUGCAUGCCCUUAGCUUUACAGCUUUUGCCUUUCUUGCUGUAUUUAUUCUCAGCCAUUUUGGACAUAUGCAUCUCUAUAAUCAAACUGGAAAUGGGACUUUUUGUCAUUUUCAGAAUAGAAAAUAGGGUAAUUUAAUUUACCAGUUCCCUCUUCCCCCAAAUAACUACAGUCUCUCUACAAAGUCAAUAUAUUUUUUCAGAGAAAGUUAUUCACUCAAUUUUUUCUGAAUCAUUAUUAAACUUUAUGAUAAAAAAUGUGCUUGUUGAAAACUUAUUUGUCAAAAUUUACUUUUGUUAGUUAUUUGCAUCUUCCAAAGAAAAGCAAAUUAGGUAAAUCCUAGAAAAUUAUAUGGUUAUGAGAGCUCUCCUAUCUAUUCUGCUAUUCAUUUCUACCCCCUUAAAUGCAGCUUUAACUACCUUACUCAUGAUCCUUGCACUUUGUCUUCUAAUCUAAAAAAUAAUUUUUUGGUAGAAUUUUCAUGUGAUAACUUUGGUAGCUUCAAAUCCUGGAGUUUAACAUACCUGCCGACAUCUCUCUUCUAACAUGACAUCUCCAUUUGUUCUAGGCUAUUGUACAUAACCUCAUGUCAUUUAAAAUUAGACUAGGUCAUUGAGUGUAAUUUUAAUUUGUCCUAAUUUUUAAAAUUAUUUUAUCCACAGAGGCUUUAUGGUACAUAUCUCCCAAAAAGACGGCUUUUUUUUUGCAUUAUAUUUCAAAGUGUUGGAAGUACAGUGUAGUAUUUUUUAUUCUAUGUAGUUACCCUUUAGCACAAUAUUCCCUAUUGAAAUACUGUGCUUAUUUAUGCAGACAUCCACCAGGAGUCUAUGAGUUUUGGACAUUCCUGACCUGCCCACAAUCAAAACAGCUGCUGAUACAUGCCUGGGAGGGAAAGUGAGAUCAUUAUUUCAAUCCUAAAAAUAACUUCUAUUUGCAGGAAUGAGGGACUAUUUCAGAGAUAAUCAGGAAGUGGUAGUACCAUUUUCUUUGGGCUUCAAAGAUCUGAUGCUCAAAGAUCCAUGAGUUUAAGAAAGGUUUUGAAAUACUGGGGGAAAAGUUUGUUAUAAAAGAGUUCACUAUGAAGAUGAGUAACUGACAAUUACUCUAAUAAUUUGAAGUCAAUGCUACUAUUAACAAAAGCUAUUACCUCAUUCAAUAAACAAUUACUGCCUUAGGGUAGCAGACCUCUGCACUCAACAGAAUAGGUGAGCUAGAUCCUUUAACCAGGUGAGGCCAGCUUUACCAGAAGUAGAAGGACUAGAAGCAAGACUAUUCUUGCCCUCUUCAAAAUUAGAAUCUUAGGUCCUGCCUUAAACUCUGUGCCUUUUAUGUGUUCUGAAUUUUAGUCAGUGGUUUAAACAAAGCACAUUUCCCAGACUGUACUCAUGCUACUAAUCUUGUUUGUUGAAUUGAAUUUCUAUUCCAAAUGAGUUAAAAAAAAAUCACUUUUGCUUUAACAAAUUUCUAGUGAAAAAUAACAACAUUGUUUCCACUAUAGGAAAAAAGUGAUAGCAUCUGCUGAAAUGGAGAUCUCUUUGUAGUAUCCCUAUUUUCAUAGCUGCUGAAAGAACCAUUCUCCAUUAGGAGCUAUGAAUGGUUUUCCUUGAGUGAAAUAAUUUUCCUAAUUUAGUAAUAUUCUCUGUGAGAACUAGGCUUUACUUAAGCAAAAAUAGUUGCCAAUACAAAGCUUCAGCAUCUACUGCAACAGUGCACUUGACUAAAAAACCAGUCUACACAACUUCCAAUUAUGAAAGUCAUAAUUGAAACAAACUAUCUCAAAAGUUCUGAUGAAAUCCACCCAAAAAGGGCAGCAUCCUAAUCCACCUGCUUAUGACCAUGUUACUGGAUUCCAGGGCCCAAAUUUUAUUUGAUCAAGGAGCCUGUAGCUCAAAAGGGAACUGAUCAGUACCGUUAGGAAAAAAGGCAGGAGAACCAGAUUAUAUGAGAUAAGAAAAAGCAACCAUAAAUGAAAGGCAACCAUUUUCUAUGAAGUAUGAGAAGAAAAAAAGCAGAUUAGCUUUUUUGAAUAUUUUCAAGUGAGGCGGUCAGUCUUUUAAGCCCCCCAAAAAUCCAGUACAGGAAAGUUUAAAUAAGGCCACUAGAUUGGGUAAGUUGUGGGUCAUACUCAUUCCUGUCAGAGUUUUGAGCAGCACAAGACAGUAGACAAUGCUAAGUUGUGGGGGUCAAGUAGUCCUUAAGUGAACAAAUUAAUUUCUCUGAAACCUGCCUAGUUUUUCUCUUUGCUGUCUUGGAAGGUGUUGCCUGGAGCUAAAGGUUUUGCCUAGAGCUAACCCCACCUGAAAUAAAUGCCUAAUUUUGCUGGGAACUUGCUCUUGAAUUUCCAAGUCCCUAUGUCCUUUUAUGCUAGAUUUCUAUGUACCUGUUUAAAUAGUCAUGUCAUAACUACUCUUUCAUAUGUAUCCACAUAAAUUUUGUAUUGGUAAUGAACACACAACUUGAUUUUUAGUUUAAUGUAUCAAUUAUUUUUCAUGUUUUGGCAGAGCUACCUUUUUUUUGGUUUUGAGUAAUUCCUUUUUUAAAAAACCAUUUUCAAUGACCAGUUUAUCUUUGACAAGAAUAUGCCAUAAUCAACCAUUUCAUAGGUGCUAGAUAUUUAGAUAUUCAUCUUUUCAUUAAGAAGUUUUUCUUUUGCAUCUAGAGAGAACAGUAUAUAUACCUUAGAGCUUUUUUUUUUUUUAAAGAUUUAUUUAUGCAUAUAAGAACUAGGGUAUAGGCCAGAGGUAUGAGGGGGUGAGAGGAUUCACCAGAGACAGAGUGGAGAACAGAACAGGCGGAUUGGCUUAGAUACACUGCUGAGGGGAGCAGCGGCAAGUCAGGAGAGGUCUGCUGUGCCAUGUGGGUCACCUCCCUGGCCAGGGAUGGAACUCGUGCUGCAGUGGCUGCAGGUAGCUUUGUAGUGCUGUGUCUUAACCCCUUAUGCCACCAGGGAGGCUCCCCUUAGAACUUUUUUUUAAGAACAUUAUCCAUUGGAACUUUCUGUGAUACUGGAAAUGUUCUUUGUGCUGUUAAAUAGGGACACUAGCCACGUGUGGCUAAAGAGUACUUAAUAUGUCCAAUAUAACUAAGGAACUGAAUUUUAAAUUUAAUCACAUGUGGUUAGUGAUUUUUGGGCUGGACAGUAUAGUUCUAGAAACUCAAAUAUGGAGAUCAGUGUGAAAGUACAGUUAUGUCUCAGCUAUGACCUUAAUAAAGGUGGUUUGGGUGGAGGUUUAUAGGAUGGCAAUGCACCAUACAUAGAGUCUGUGACAGAUCUAAGAAGACAAAACCUGUUUAAUGGGGAAAAAAAGUAAGCUAUUGAACUUAAGGGCAGAUUGUAGCUUAAGCGAAAGUCAAUAAACAUUUCAGAACCAGGGAUGACUAUCAGCAAUUGCUUUUCAAACUUAAUUGAGAAAAUGCAUUCAUUUAUGAGCUAGACCUUGGACAGUGCUUUUGGGAGGAGAAUCACAGUGUCCGCACAUACCUGGAUGCUUAUGAGAAAUGCAAGUUAUAGCCCCACUCUGGAGACCUGAAUCUCAAUGUCUUCAAAAUAUUUCAUCAAGACUUCCAAAUUUUUCUUGGGAGUUCUAAGAACUGCUAUAGAAUGAUAAACACAUCCUACUCUCUAGGAAUUUCUGAUCAAAGAUUUCUACAAUGUAAAAGACUGAAUAAUUCACCUCUACAUUAUGUUCAAGCAAUCACAGGCGCUCAAUAAAGACUUGUUAUCAAAUUGACUAUUUUCCAUGCUAUUCAUCAAUAUUAUUCCAAGGUGAGGGAACUGAAAUAGUCACGAUAUCCAGGACAAAA